CCGUGAACGCGCGUCCCUCGCCGUCGACGCUGCAACCGACUCCGGCGUCUCUGUUGGGCCAACGUCGCGCGCGUGUCUGUCGAGCCGUUCGCCUCACCUGUUGCAAACGCGUCGCCGGAGAACGACUCGCCGGCCGCUGCGAGCAGAAGAGGAUCCGUGCCAGUUGACCGGGCGGCCUGCGUGAUAAUGUGAACCUCGGAUAUUCCGAUAAGCGCGCGUUUUCGUUGAACCGACAGCGCGCAGGAUUGGAUCAUCGCCGUUCGCUCGGGAGGGUUGGAACCAGUCCCGGGGGUGCGUUACGUCCGCGCAGCUGUUCGCGUGGGAUCGGACCAUUUGGAGCUAACGAGUGAGUAGCUGCGGGCGUAGAGCGAUCUCCGUUACUGGAAUUCCACGGCGGAGCGGGGCGAACGAAAGAUUCCGGCCGAACCAGGCCGAGAUAUCGAAGAUACGCGGGCCACUGCAACGGCGUCGUUCGAGUCGCGGGUAAACCGAGCAUCGCACAACCAUAAACCCUCCACGCAGGGAACGGCCGGCGGCACGUGACCGAGGAUGAGUUCCCGAUGAUCGUCGGGCCCGGACCGUAGCCAGCGCACAGAGAAUCCCGAAGAUGGUGUACAGAGGCAGUCUGCAGACGGACGACCCGCGGGACGCGCCCCGGCUGGUCAGGAUAUCGCCGCUGCGCGCGAGCAGGCCGAGCAACAACAACCCUGCGCCGAACAACCGUGUCGCUUCCUCCGUGAACGCGCCGGUGUAUCACGGCCCGUUUGUCUCGGCAAUCGACGUACAACGAGCCAAAUUGAUCGAAGAAAGACGGCUGGGCCGUGAAAGGGACAUCGAGUCCGUAGAGAAGGUCAUUAUGAGGACGACGGGGCUGAAGGUCGGCGCGCCGCGGCUGAGAAACAUCAGUCAGAUACGAGACACGGUGUUCGUCGAUCCCGCGCUGGUGCCCAUGGAGAAGAUCGGCCGCAAGGAGCGAGAUCGGCCGCGAACGAUCGCCGUGGACAGCUCCCCGAGGAACCUGCGGACCCAGAGUUCCAUGCUGGCCGAUUUGAAGGAUCUGGAGCGACUGAGGAACACGCCGCCGGCGCAAAGAUGUCCGAGGACCUCGCUGAAACCCGAGUCGAAGCAAACGGCGAACAAGAAGUCGGAGCUGAACUCGGCGAAGAUUCGCUCGGACAUCAUGAAGAUCCAACAGAUGUUCCAGGCGGCGGACAACAACCCUCGGACACCGGUCAAGACGGAGAAGAGGACGGACAGGAGGAUCGACUCCGAGAAGCAGGAGAGGAAAUCUGGAACGGAGAUUAAUAAAACGAGAUUACUCGCGCAGAAGCUGCUGGAGGCGUCCCGCGGUAACCGGGAGACGCUCAAGGAUCGCUGCAACAACCCCAAGAACGUCCCUCCGAGUAAAGUUAGGGAGGCUAAGGAGGUGAACGACAAGGGGUCGAACAGAUCCCAGAGGGCUGCGGUAGACUCGAAGCAUCCGGUGAAGGAGAAGGAUCCGGAGGAAGCGCGUCCCCGGCCGCCGGUUCGUAGGAGGAAGGAAACGAGGAACGGUGUUAGUCGGGAGGUGAACGGGGUCAGCGACGAUGCAGUGAAAAACGGUGGUAGGGAAAGCUCGAAGAGCAACGCGGAGGUGGACGAAGUCGACGGCUCGUCGGCUAACGAGAAGCACGCGGAUACCGUGAACGAGGAAGAGAAGACGAAACCGAGGGAGCUGGACAGGCCGGACAUACUGGACGGUUUGCUCAAGGAAUCCGAUAAACAGCUGGCCGACCUGAGAUCCGACUUGCACGAGCGCGGCAGGUCACGUAGUCACUGGAGAGGAUUCGUGCAAUCCAUGAGGCUGCACGACGUGGAGCUUCAUUCGGACAGCGAGGACCAGAAGAAAGACCUGAAUCUAUGGAACAAGAGCAUCAGCCAGCGAUGGAGGAAGCUGAGGAGGAGGUGUUCCGUGCAGGAAACCUCCGAGCCUCAGGAAGCUCUGAUACAAGGCGGAACGACCCAGGGGGUCAUCCAAGCGGUGAGAUCCAGCCCGGCUAGCAGGGAGUCCUCCCCGGCCGCGAAGAGCCUUCAGGACGGCAACUCACCGAAGAAGCUGCUGCAGACUAGUUCUCUGAGACUGCCAGGCACCACCAAAGGCAUAGCGGACAUCCAGAACGUGCUGCGCAGCAAGUUCAGCAAGAUAAACGCGGGGAUCCGCAAGAGGAAGGCUCUGAGCGUGACCGAAGUGUUCUCGCAGAAGGACAACUCGUCGAACUUCUACGUGCCGAGUCCUCUGACCUCGUCGUCCAGCCAGAAUUUCGAGGGCGACUACUUCGACUCCAGCGAGCCGACUUCCCUGCCUCCGUACCCGUUCCAGGACAACCUGGAGACCCUCGCGGAGGGCAGCGUGCCGAACUCGCCGAACUGCAGCAGCCCGCUGACCAACAGCAAUAAAACGUUCACGUACUCCCAGAACAGCAGCGCGUACGACUCGCCGGUCCUCGGGCACGACCACAGCCACAAGGACGUAUACGAGAACGUGGUGUACGCCGGCGGCUCGUCGCCCGGCUGCUUCCCCAGGUCUAGGGGCGUGUUGCAGCGCAGCAACUCGGAGAACCGCGACACGGUCAGGCAUCACGAGCAUUCGUACGAGAACGUGCGCUACCAGCGGGGUCACAGGUCGGAGCUGACCUCAUCAGCGGUGACCAGUCCCCAGUCGGACAGGCAUCUAGCGAGAAGCAACUCCGAGACGAGGGACCACAACUCGUACGAGAACGUGCACUUCCAGAAGAACGGGAAGGCUCGGAAUCAAUCGGAGCCGGCGUUCGACGAGAUCCACAUACCGAGAGUGACGCCCAGAAAGAGGGUGACCGACUUCAAAGUCGGCGGACAGGUGAGCAACUAUUCGAACGGGCCUGGGACCGGCUGCGCGAACAAGGAGGACGGCCCGUCCAGUUUGGGAGCUGAAAAGAGUCCUGGGAAGAAGACGACCAGGAGACUGAACAGCAGAAGCGUCGCCAACAUACCCAGUUCCUCCGGUUCCGGUUUGAAGACCUGGCAGGGCACGCAAGACACGGACGAAGGCCUGAACACCGACUCCGAACUCGAAGACAUCGACGAAGCUGGCGAGGGUGAAGAGUCGAGGUUCUGCACCCUGCCCAGGCCGGGCAAGGGUGGCGCGUCAUUCACGAUACUGACUGCCAGAUUCUACAAGGGUCCCGGGCACAAGGGACUCGGUUUCAGUAUCGUCGGCGGGACGGACAGUCCCCGUGGGAACAUGGGGAUUUACGUGAAGACGGUCUUCCCUAACGGGCAGGCCGCCGACCUCGGCACUGUCAAAGAAGGGGACGAAAUUUUAUCCAUAAAUUCGAAACCUCUUCACGGAAUGACGCACGCGGAGGCGAUCGCCGAGUUCAAGUCCGUGAAAGCCGGGGACGUGGUUCUGCACGUCGGCCGGCGCGUGAACAAGAAGAAAAGGGACUCCCUGACCCUGCCGCCGGUCGCAGCCCCGCCGGCACGUCAACAGGUCCAGUGAACGAGAGGAGAGGAGGGACAUCCGUGCGUUUUCCGCUGCCACAUUCCGCGCGAGGGCGCGAAAGCCGCGUUUCCGGCGCGAACCUCUCGGCUUUCGCGAGUGCAAUUGCAUACGCUUCGCAGAUGCUUCCCAGCUGCGAGCAAUAUCGUUUAUUAUUGCUGGCAAUAAUAAGAGCGGGACUGAGUUCUAGCCGAGGCUAGCUUCCACGGGUUGCUUUCGAUUUCGAAACGGUGUCACCGCGAUGCUUCCAGUCGAAACGAUCGGUUUCGGGUUGUUCGAUGCGGAACUUCACUCGGUGCGUCUCCUUUGGAUCGUAAAAUGAAUUUUACAUUUGAAAUAUGUUUCACGUUAAAUCGGGAAGAUUUUCCUGUGUUCUCUCGGAAACAGGAAAAUCGUGAAAGAUAGUGGGACCUUUUUGGAGGAUUCUUUUGGUUAGGGAAAUGCACCAGAGUAAUUUCCGCGUCGAACAUCCGUGCGUUUCGAACGUGUCUGCCGUAAGAUCAAAGGGAACGAGGUCGAGAAAGUUGUUCCUUUCCGUUGUAACGAUUCGAAGAUUCGUCGAACACUGCCCUUAUUCCGACAGCGAUGGGAAAUUCGUCGACGACGACUCAGUGCCAAUGCGUUACACCCGCGCGUGUAAUCGAACCGCUUCGACGUUCGAAACUGAAGAACUAAGAAAUAUCAUUGUACCGUUGAAAUAAGCGACUCGAAAGAAGUUUCUCUAUUCGUCGGUGUUUCCGGUGCUCGUCGUUCGAACGCGGACGAGGGGCGCGAGCAGCGGCGAACGAAGACAAAGAUUCGAUGUAAUCCUAUAAUGUGGUGUAUGUAUUCGUAAUCGAUGUACCGUCGUAUUUAAUCGGGCCACUUUUUAAUCGUUCUCUCAAAUAAUCUUCGGAGUUCACUAUUAGUCGAGUGGGAUCACUAGACGAUCCCGUUCCCGUCACUUUUUCCCGUGUCCGACUUCCGCGAAACAAAAGAGCACGUAUUUUUCCAGACGUUGAUCGGGUCUUCGAGCUGUCCACGGCGAAUGAUCUAUAUUUUAAUAAACGACCGCGACGUUGGAGCCAACGAAACGGACACGGACAGGGGAUGCUCGAACGAUUCACCCCGUGAUUCAGCGACUAAGGGCGCGUUUACAGCGGACCUGCCGAAACCUCCAGAAACUAGCGAGAAGUGAUCAUUAGACUGUAAAUCCUCGUGCGAUAUUCAAACAUUUAACAACAGAAUUAACAAAAUAAGACCACGACAGAGAUUUCCCCGAGGGACAUAAGAAAAAUCUCUAUACUUCUGAUAUUUUACAAUUCUUUACCGUGUGCAUCACAAGAUCCGCAGUCUAGUGAUCAUCUUCGAAAUAUCAUGCAUUGCAUUGCAAUUGUAUUUAACGCUAGCAUAUUACAGUGAAGCGCAGAUAUUUCCACCUCGUUUUCAUCGAGUGUCGCAGCUCCGCUGUAAAGGUUCCCUGACAGACGAGGAAUUAUUUUUGUAAAAAGGAGGAACGAGGAUCGAACGAUCGGGGGGAGAACCGUGCGAACGAAUAUCAACGAAUAUAUAUCCUCGACGGUCGAUCGCGGAGGCGGAUCGACGAUCGAUGCCGCGACGAAGCUGCAAUCUUGCAUGGCCUGAUCCGGGUUCUCCACGCUGUCGCUGAGGCAACGAUCGAAUUAUUUUUUAAACUACCGUACAUAGAGUUUAACGAUGAUCGCCCAAAGAUGAAGCCCAAAAAAUAUUUUUACUACGAGACGAUUUGCGACGGGAAGAGAUAAACGAUGAACAGUGCAUAUCUAUAGAACUAUAUUAUAUAUUUUCACGGAACCGAGCGAGACGCGUUUAUUUUAAGGCGAGAAAUGUUAUUAGUAUCUAGUCCAUCUGUAAUACUUCGUUUCGAGAUAAACUUUUCAAUCCACUCGAUUCUCCUCUUAUUUUCUUUCGUUUCGCCACUGUAUUGUCGGGAAAAUGAAAACGAGAAAAAAAAUAUAUAUAUACACGCGCGCGCGCGUAAACAUAUAUGUAUAUGGUGAUAUUCCGAGUGUUCGCGUUAUUCUUAGUUGGCGUGACUUCUCGAAGAUAUAGUAGUAGCGUGUGUUAAUCUAAGACACGAAUUUUUACUUUUUUAAACUGAACACUGUAUAUUUUUUCAUAUGACAUUAAAAUUACAUCCAGUACCGAA